AUGGAGCGGCAGGUGCUGGCGCUGGCUCUCUGGCUGGCGCUGGCCACGGCGGCCGCGGCGGACUGCGCGGCCCGGUGCUCCGCGUGCGCCCAGGACUCGGCGGAGAGCAUCCGGCCCCUGAUGUGCCUGCUGGAGUGCCGCGGCUCCUGGCCGCCCGGCACCGGCCGGGAGCCGUGCGGGAAGGCGCCGGCGCUCCCGGCCCCGCUGGCGGCGCUGGCCGACGGGACGGAGCCGGCCCCGGCGGAGGCGGCGGGCGAGGACGAGGCGCCGGCGGAGCUCGGCUCGGAGAAGCUGGCGCGGGACGAGCUGCUCUUGCUGCUGCGCGCCGGCGCCGCGAGCACGACACACGGCGGCGGCAAGGCGGGCGAGCGGGCGGCCUCCGCGGAGGUGCGGGACCUCCCCGCGCCGGAGGGUCCCGGCGGCCCGGCCACGUGCCACGGGGGCUUUCUGCACACCUACCCAAAACGGAGCUGGGCGCCGGGGGCCGCGGGCGCCGCGCCGGUGCCGGCGGAGCUGCACAAGCGCUACGGCGGCUUCAUGCGCAGGAUCCGGCCCAAGCUCAAGUGGGACAAUCAGAAGCGCUACGGGGGGGCCCUGCGGCGGCAGUUCAAGGUGGCCACACGGGCCGACGAGGACCCCAGCGCCUACUCGGGGGAGGUCCUGGACCUAUAGAGCCCGGCGCGGGGCUCCCGGCCCCCACGGCAUCGUUCCCCCCGACCCCAUCCCAGCGCUCAGCCCAGCGCCGCGGCCCCGGCU